AUGAGCCGCCUGCUAGAGCUACCCCCGGAGCUCCGCAUCCAUAUCUACGAAUUGGUGCUCCAGCCAAGUAACCCAUCAGAUCCUCAUCACAUAUGCCGCAUCCAGAUCGUUCCCGAUGGCCCGCUUCGCAGGAAAUUUUCACUUUUCCAUUCAAACGGUGCUUUAGCCUCCGUCUGCCGCACCAUCCGCACAAAGUUCCUACCAGACCUGUAUGCAUCGACCCCAUUCUACGUCAGCAUCAAUAUUCGCCCCUCUAGCAACCCUCAGGAUGGGCCGCGAUCUGGUACUAUCAAGGAGCAUAUGUUCUUGAGGCACGUUCGCCGGCUCACCUUGCGCAUCACGAUAGCCGUGUAUGCGUACGACCAGGCUGCGCUGAUCUCUGCUGGCGAUCUCAUAAAAGAACUGAUCGCCACGAUAGGAGUCGCCACAAAUGGUCGUCUGGCUAUCGAUCGAGUCGAAUUUCAACAGUUCUGCUCGGCCUAUGGGAAAGGGCUUCACGGUACGGAGGCCAUCGAUGCGCUUCGUCUACUCAAGUCGUGCUGCCAGACAGAAUUCGAAGUGUUCGCCAAAGGACUACCGAGGAGGCUCAUCGAGGAAGUGGUAGCAGAGGCUGGAGGUGUACUAUCCCGGUGCCACUCUGCGUAA